GUCGCGGCGCCGGUGUAAAACCGUACAAUGUUCAGCUGUUUCAGCUGCAUUUCCCGCCUGACCAGUUGAGGGCCACUUAAGGCCGCUCCUCCGACACCAUGGGGAACGGCAUGAACAAGGUUUUACCCGGCCUCUAUGUGGGGAAUUACCGGGAUUCAAAAGAUUCUUCGCAACUAGCCAAACACAACAUCACCCACAUCCUAUCCAUUCAUGAUACAGCUAAGAAAAUUCAUUCGGACAAACAUUACCUUUGCAUCAUGGCCGCAGACACUCCAGAUCAAAAUUUAACGCAAUAUUUUUCUUUAUGCAAUGACUUUAUACAUGCUGCUAGACUUAGAGAUGGAAAUGUUUUAAUUCACUGCUUAGCUGGCAUGUCUAGAAGCGUAACAGUGGCUGUGGCUUAUAUCAUGUCGGUGACGAACCUAAAUUGGAAGGAAGCUUUGAAAGUCGUUAGGGCCGGACGAGCGGUCGCUAAUCCCAACCUGGGGUUCCAAAGUCAGCUACAAGAUUUCGAACUUACCAGGCUUAUUGAAGAAAGGCGAAGGCUCAAAGAGCGCUACCCAAGCAGAGCCUUGAUCAGCAAAGACCAGGAGCAGUGCGCGCUCAUGUUAAACAACUACGAGGAGCUGCUCCAGUCGCGCAGCAUCUGCGAAGGGCGCUGCGCAAUGGGCGAAGAAUGUCCUACCGGCGUGUGUCGCAACCCUACGCAGCAAAGGCGAAGCCGAAGAAGAAACAGCCAGCGAUCGCAAUCGGAAAUGUCCAGAAGUCCAAGCGUUACAAGCACCACCAGUACUGGUAGCACAUCCAGCACACGUCCCCGAUCUGGACCUGCUGGACUAAGAAGCUACACAGGAUCCGCCCCUCCGUCCAGAACCGGCUCCAAGGCGGACAUAUCGAAAUUAGGGGCGACAUUAACGGCUCCCUCCACUCCUCAGUCGAGCCCUCCCGUGUCUCCCAAGCGUCUGGGAGGUCGUAUUUCGGUCCCGAAGCCACUCAAAGAGGACGAAAGCGACUCAUAGCAUUCGGCUAAAUCAAACGAUUUCGACGCAAGCGAUGGUAGAAGUAGUUUUUUACACGAAAGGUUGAUGUAGGUUUAAGGAUAAGGUACAGUACUAAUACACAGUAUAUCCUGAUUCUGUGGGCAAACACAUUUUUUGUAUCAUGCUUCGUCGAGCUAACCAUGACAACCAAAAAAGUAAAACGUUUAAUAUUUUGCGUGCACAAAAAACACCGAGAUUAAGCUGUUUAUUAUAGAGGUGGGCUGUUCGAUACGAUACGUAUCGAUACAAGUGAUACGGACGGGAUAUCGUUAGAAUCGAUAUAAAUUUAUGUAUCGAAUACAUUGUAUCGAUUAUUUAGCUAAUUAUGAAAAGUACUUAUAAUGUGCAGCUGACUUUUAAGUGGCUAU